UCAGCUCUGAUGUAUUUCUGCGUUUCCCAUCAGCCGCAUUCAGGAGAAAGCCAAACCGACUAUAUCAACAGCAGUACUGCGGGUCAAAUGGCGAAACCGUACGAGUUCAACUGGCAGAGGCCUGUUCCUCAGUUCAUGCAGAAAGGAGCGUGUUUUGACAGAUUUGAUGAGGAUCCUUUGGUCUUUGAAUCGAACUGUUUCUUCAAAGUAGACGAGUCUGGAUUCUUCCUGACAUGGAAAAGCGAAGGAAAGGAGGGUCAAGUUUUGGAGUUUUCGCUGAUCAACAGUAUACGUGAUGCCAGUGCUCUAAAGGACCCAAAGGUUCUCUGUGCACUGGAGGCUUCAGGAAAGUGUGAAAGUAACCUGGAGGACAGAAUCAUCUGCAUAUGCAGCGGCACAGAUCUGGUCAACCUGAGCUUCAUGUACAUGGUCACACAAAACCCCACAACUGCUAAGGAGUGGACAGACGGCUUGCGCUCAUUGAUUCAGAACACAAGAGCGAAUAACGUGUGUCCGAUGACCUGCCUGAGAAAACAUUGGAUGCGGUUGUCAUUUUUAACCAACGUGAAUGGACAAAUACCCGUCAGAAGCAUCACAAGAACCUUCGCCUCUGGCAAAACAGAGAAGGGAAUUUUCCAGGCGCUGAAGGAUCUCGGUUUACCCAGUGGAAAGAAUGAUGAAAUCCAGCGCGAGAUCUUCACUUUUGACAAGUUCUACAGCCUUACGCAGAAAAUCUGUCCCAGAACUGACAUUGAAGUACUUUUCAAGAAAUUUAAGGGAGACAAAGGUGAUUAUUUGAGUGUUGAGCAGUUCGUCCACUUUUUGAAUGAUAAUCAGAGAGAUCCACGUCUGAAUGAAAUACUGUUUCCGUUCUUCAACUCUAAAUGUGCUUUCCAAAUCAUACAGAGAUAUGAGCCUGAUGAGAAACUGAAGAGGAAAGGUCUGCUGUCGUGUGAUGGUUUCUGUCGGUUUCUGAUGUCGGAUGAAAACGCUCCUGUGUUUCUGGAUCGGUUGGAGGUUUACCAGGAGAUGGAUCAUCCGCUAUCUCAUUACUUCAUCAACUCCUCUCACAACACUUACCUGACCGGCAGACAGUUUGGAGGGAAAUCCUCAGUGGAGAUUUACAGACAGGUGCUGCUGACCGGCUGCAGGUGUGUUGAGUUGGACUGCUGGGAUGGAAAAGGUGAAGAUCAGGAGCCCAUAAUCACCCACGGCAAGGCCAUGUGUACAGACGUCCUAUUCAAGGAUGUGAUUCAGGGAAUUAAAGAAACCGCCUUCCUGACAUCAGAGUAUCCUGUGAUCCUGUCCUUUGAAAACCACUGCACGAAACAUCAGCAGUAUAAACUGGCUCGUUACUGCGAAGACAUUUUUGGAGAUUUGCUUUUGAAACAGCCGUUAGAGGAUUUCCCGAUGGAGCCUGGAUGUCCACUGCCGUCUCCAAAUGACCUCAAAGGAAAAAUCCUCAUCAAGAACAGAAGACUAAAACCUGAAGUUGAAAAAAAACAGCUGGAGGACUUCAGGAAACACAUGGAGGCCGGAGAGCCGAGCGUCUCCACAAACCUGUUUGAAGAUGAGAACGAGGAUGAGACAAACACCGCUGAGCUGUUGAAUGAAGCUCAUCCCGAGCGGAUUCACGGAUGUUUGAUCACUGAGGAGGAGAAUCGAGAGGAAGAGGUGCUGCUAAGACACAGAAAGGCUGAGGAGGAGAAUGUGGCAGAUGAACUGGCUGUGAUUCAGUCGUACACAUAUGUCGCGGCCACCACCAACAUCCACCCGUAUCUGUCCAACAUCAUCAACUACGCCCAGGCUGUAAAGUUUACCGGCUUUGAUGAGGCUGAGGAAAAAAAUAUCCACCACAACAUGUCUUCCUUCAAUGAGUCUGUCGGUUUGGGAUAUUUGAGGACAAACGCCAUCGAGUUUGUGAACUACAACAAACGCCAGAUGAGCCGCAUCUACCCCAAAGGAGGACGAGUGGACUCCAGUAAUUACAUGCCACAGAUCUUCUGGAAUGCCGGCUGCCAGAUGGUUUCCCUGAACUUCCAGACCCCAGAUCUGGCAAUGCAGCUCAACCAGGGGAAGUUUGAAUAUAAUGGCUCUUGUGGGUUCCUCCUGAAGCCGGAUUUUAUGCGGAGACCCGAUCGUAUGUUUGACCCAUUCUCUGAGACGCCUGUGGAUGGAGUGAUCGCAGCAACAUGCAGCGUGCAGGUGAUCUCAGGGCAGUUCCUGUCAGAUAAGAAGAUCGGCACAUAUGUAGAAGUGGACAUGUAUGGACUCCCGACCGACACCAUUCGCAAAGAGUUUCGCACUCGGAUGGUGAUGAACAACGGCCUGAACCCGGUCUACAACGCAGAAGCCUUUGUCUUCAGGAAGGUGAUUCUGCCAGACCUCGCAGUGCUCCGUGUGGCUGUAUAUGAUGAUAACAAUAAGCUGAUUGGCCAGCGGAUUCUCCCUCUGGACGGACUGCAGUCUGGUUACAGGCACAUCUCCCUACGAAACGAGUACAACAAACCUCUGCCUCUGGCCACCGUCUUCUGCAAUAUCAUCCUCAAAACAUACGUGCCCGAUGGAUUCGGAGCUAUUGUGGAUGCUUUGUCUGAUCCCAAGAAGUUUUUAUCCAUCUGUGAGAAAAGAACGGACCAAAUGAGAGCCAUGGGCAUUGAGGCGUCAGAUAUUGCUGAUGUGCCGAGUGACGUCUGGAAGGGGAAUAAGAAAAGAAAAACAAAUCAGGCCGGGAUGAUGAUGAAACCACAGAAAGACUCAGACAGACCCAGAGAAAAUAUGCCCAUCUCCUCCAAAGAGGAUUCAUCGGUUCUAACUCCACAGCUGACCAUCGAUGACCUCAAGCAAACAAAGACUUUUCUGAAACUCAUCAAGAAGCAGCAGAAAGAAGUGAACGCUUUGAAGAAAAAGCACGCAAAGGCACACGCUGCACUGCGGAGCUCCCACAGCGCUCAACUGGACAGGACUGUAGCUCAACAUGAGAAAGAGAAACACACGCUGGAGAAGCAGCUCCACAAAAACACCAGCAGGAAAGUGAGUGAAAGCUCCAGCCUUGAAAUGAGCAGAGACAUUGAACAGCAAAUGAAGACAGCGGUGAUGAAUCACAAGUCAAAGGUGAAGGACAUGGCAUCCGCUCAGGCCUCGGAGUGUUCAGAGAUGUUGCGCUGGCACUCAGCUGAAGAACAGACAGUGGUGGAGCAGCAUCUCCUCCAGCAGUGUGAGCAGCUCCACAAACUGCUGAUGCUGGAGCAGGAGCAGCAAACACACCAGCUCACACUCCUGCACGAACGUCAGAGUAAAGAGAUGCGGACCAACCAAGCCAAGACCUCAAUGGAGAGCAGCAAGGCCAUCAGUCAAGACAAAAGCAUAAAGAACAAGGCUGAGCGAGAGCGGAGAGUUCGAGAGCUCAACAGCACGAACACAAGAAAGUUUCUUACAGAAAGAAAAAGGCUCGCCAUGAAACAGACCAAGGAGUGCGAGCAACUCCAGGCGGCUCAGCGGGAACAACUGGAGAGGCUGGAGAAACACAAUGAGGAGCUGUCGAACUCGUGCUAUGCAAAAUCACAAUGCCAAGGCCAGAAUGAAGCAGUGUGUGGAGACAUGAGAGAGGACGAACCGCUGACCGGUCAAACACACAUGUCACUGCAGUGAGAAAACACCUAUUAAUGCACAAACACACACUUGAUAUGCAUUCAGCUUUAUCUGUUUUAGUGAAAAGAAAAAUCUUGUGUUUUGUCUUGUUUUCAUGUGUACAUUUUGUUAAAAUAAGAAAAAAGUUAUAAAUAAUGCAAGGUUUUAAAAUGGAAAACCGUGAGAUUAAGCUUAA